GCUGUACGGCGCUGUUUCUCUCGGUGUCAUUUCGAACUAACGUUUCUAUGUUGUGAAAUUUUUUGAACUAGAUUUUUUGCCGGUGAAUAAAAAUCGUUCAAACAAGUGAAACAGUGUUGUUGUGCAGUGUUAAAAGUGUUUUUGUGUCGCUGUUAUCCAUUAUUAGACUUGUAUGGAAUUGAAUAAUAUGACGGGGGAUCCUAACCAACAAAACCCGCCUUCUGUUUUUCGAUUUGAGGCCUAUCCGGGGCCCAGUGGUGUUGUUCCUUGGAACAUCGCAGACCCGUAUGGAAAAGGACCUGAAAUAGUUCCGCAAACUGAGUAUUCUCCUGUAUAUUCACGAUAUGUAAAUCAACAGAUUCCACCUGUUAAUCAUCCUACACAGAUACCAGCAUCAUUUUCAUUUGGGGUACAAUCUCCAGCAAGCCCUUACCAAGGACAUUUCCCGUUUCAAAUAACAGCGAACAAUGAUGGAGGAUAUGGAGAUAGGACGUUCAAACAGAUCUUGGGAAAGAGAAAAACAGACACUCCAUCAUUUCAGCCAUGUAAGCAACACAUCACGGAGGAAAAAAUGGCGGAACACAUGUCCAGGCUUCACAUCAGUUCAGAGACAGCUACAUCACCAUUAGAACCUGAAUCAGUUAAAAACAAAAGGUUGUAUAUGUGUGAGGAAAUGAGGAAACUGCAAAGUGACCCUAUUCUACCACCAUCACUAGUGGCAGGACUACAAAGGCCAUGUACAGCUCUAGUAUUGUGGCAACCUCCUAUUAGGCCAUUACCACUGUUUGAAGCCAAUCCUGGUCCUUCUAAUAAUAGUAAUAACGAAGAUUUAAAUAAAAACAGUCCUGAUAUCAAAAGCAUGGAAAUACUAGCAGAAAUGGAGGCUGAAUCUUCAAACACGAUGGAAAUGGAUGCAUAGUAAACAGAGAAGCUCAAAUUGGCAGAGUAAAUUAAUUUUAAUAACCAAUUACAAAGCUUUUUACAUUUAUUAAGACUGAACUUCGAAAGUUAUCUAAUUUUUUAAGAUUUCGUAUUUUUAUGUAUACUGUCUUCAGUUUUUUUAUUUUUUUCUCCUUUGUGUGUAAAGUAAAAUACUAAAACCUUUUUUAUAUAGGGUGAGUUUCCUACGAUGCUCUCUCUAUGGGUAUCUCGGAAACUACUGGAGAUAGAG